AUGGCAUACAUGCCUGCCUCAUCAGUCCUCCUCCUCACCGCCAUUGCUGCCGUGUGGCCGGCAGGCAUCCCUGUCUGCGGGGGCACGCAGCUGGACCAAGGCCAGACAUGGACCGUUGACGUGCCCACCGGCACCAGCGGCAGGUUCUGGGGCUGCACCGGUUGUUCGUUCAACGGGGGAAGUGGCCACUGUGACACUGGUGAUUGUGCUGGUGCGCCCUCCUGCACCGUCUCCGGGCAGCCGCCAGCAAUGCUGGCCGAGUACACCAUCGGUGGCACUGGCAACAACCAGGAUUACUAUGACAUCUCGGCUGUUGACGGCUACAACCUGGCCAUGGCCUUCUCCUGCAGCACUGGCGUUGGGCUGGUGUGCAUGGACCCUAGCUGCCCUGAUGCAUACCAGUAUCCCACCGAUUGUACCAAGACCCAUUCAUGCAGAGCCAACAGCAACUACCAGGUGACCUUCUGCCCUUGA